AAGCUCAUAGAGCUCUCGUCUUUCAUUUCUCUAUUGAUCCUUCUUACAUUCCGUCUUCUUUUGACCACUUCACCGACCGACUGAAAAUGGCGCAGGAGUUUGUUCAAGCUAAGAUUAAAGGUGACAAAGUGGUGCUGUUUAUCAAGCCCACCUGCUCGUUCUGCAUCAAGGCCAAAGACGUUUUGUCAAAAUACAAAUUCAAGCCCGGACAUCUGGAGUUCAUUGAUAUCAGCGCACGGACCGACAUGGGCAAAUUACAAGACUACUUCCUGGAGCUCACUGGAGCCCGCACGGUCCCACGGGUGUUCAUCGGUGAAGAAUGUGUUGGAGGCGGCAGCGAUGUUGAGGCCCUGCAUAACAGUGGUAAACUAGAGGGUAUGCUGCAGUCCAUAGGAGCCCUGCAGUGACCUGCUGCAGACCUUCAGGUUUUGGGUACCCAGCAGAGGUCACAUAACUAUGCAGCGUGACUUGCGUAGCUUACGUCUCCGCUGCUGGUACUCGCUGAGCUCUUGAAGGUAGCCUCUGGACGGCCAGCGUAGCCUCUCAACCUGCUCCCGCUCCUCCUCUAGAAUGACAUACAAACACACACAGAUCAUGCCUGUGCUCUGCUGCGAACUCAGAUUUAUUGCACUUGGCACAUGCUGACACACAGUAGUAAACCCCCUGGGACUGCUGCCAUGAUUGUGGCCAACAAGGGCUGAAAUAUCUGAUGAGAUUCUGUUUACAUCGCUGAGCAGCAGACUGCCAAAUAUGAUCGAUCAUAUACUGAAUAUUUACUCUAGCCUCUGACUUCACCUGUGCCUUUCAGUACCCGUCCAGUGACCCUCAGUGAUUCUUGUCUGUGUGAGUAAUGAUGUUAAUAAAAUCUGCUACUGCUACUAA